AGUGCUGAAACCCCGCGCCGACAGCCAAUCGCGCCCGACUGGCCGCCUCCCCCCACCGGGGCCCCACGCAAGUGCCCCCGCCGAGCCCCCCGCCAGUCGCACCAUGCCGCGCUCCUUCUUGGUAAAGAAGAUCAAAGGGGACGGCUUCCAGUGCAGCGGGGUGCCGGCCCCCACCUACCACCCCUUGGAGACCGCCUACGUGCUGCCUGGCGCCCGGGGGCCGCCCGGGGACAACGGUUAUGCCCCGCACUGCCUGCCCCCCAGCAGCUACGAUGCGGACCAGAAGCCAGGCCUGGAGCUGGCGCCGGCCGAGCCCGCCUACCCGCCGGCGGCGCCGGAGGAGUACAGCGAUCCGGAGAGCCCGCAGUCCAGCCUGUCGGCGCGCUACUUCCGCGGGGAGGCGGCCGUGACCGACAGCUACUCCAUGGACGCCUUCUUCAUCUCCGACGGGCGCUCGCGGCGGCGGCGCGGCGGGGGCGGCGGCGGGGACGCGGGCGGCGCGGGGGACGCCGGGAGCGCCGGGGGACGCGCGGGGCGCGCGGGGGCGCCGGCGGGCGGCGGGCACCGGCACGCGUGCGCCGAGUGCGGCAAGACGUACGCCACGUCGUCGAACCUGAGCCGCCACAAGCAGACGCACCGCAGCCUGGACAGCCAGCUGGCGCGCAAGUGCCCGACGUGCGGAAAGGCCUACGUGUCCAUGCCCGCGCUGGCCAUGCACGUGCUCACGCACAACCUGCGCCACAAGUGCGGCGUGUGCGGCAAGGCCUUCUCGCGUCCCUGGCUGCUGCAGGGCCACAUGCGCUCGCACACGGGCGAGAAGCCGUUCGGCUGCGCGCACUGCGGCAAGGCCUUCGCCGACCGCUCCAACCUGCGCGCGCACAUGCAGACGCACUCGGCCUUCAAGCACUACCGCUGCCGCCAGUGCGACAAGAGCUUCGCGCUCAAGUCCUACCUCCACAAGCACUGCGAGGCCGCCUGCGUCAAGGGGGCCGAGCCGCCCCCGCCGCCCCCCGCCGGCGCCGCCAGCUGAGCCGCCCGCUGCCCUCGGGCCCCCACCUCCAUCUCCGUCCUCUAAGCGCCCCAGCAGCGUUUCCCUGCCCACACCCCUGGGAGGGUAGGGGGAAACAACC